AUGUUUACUCGACUUGGUCGCGGCGCUCUGUCGCUGGCUGUUGUCUCCCUCCUCACCUCGUCAGUUGCCGGAGAGGUGUUGGAGAAGCUGCGCGCAGUUCCUGAAGGGUGGAAAUUCUCUCAUGUCCCUGAAAAUGACCAACCCAUCCGGCUUCAAAUUGCCCUGCAGCAGAAGGAUGUCGACGCCUUCGAGCAGGCCGUCCUGCAGAUGUCGACGCCAGACCACCCCAACUACGGCAAACACUUCCAGUCGCACGACGAGAUGAAGAGCAUGCUGCUUCCUAGCAGCGAGGCCGUUGAUGCGGUCAUGGAUUGGCUGCAUGCUGCCGGUGUUAGCGACAUUGAAGAAGAUGCCGACUGGGUCAAUUUCCGGACCACUGUCGGAGUGGCUAACGAGCUCUUGGACGCACACUUCCAAUGGUACGUCAGCGACGUUCGUGAUGUCCACAGACUCCGUACCCUGGAGUAUUCGGUCCCAGAUGCCGUGGCCCAGCAUAUCAACAUGAUCCAGCCAACGACACGCUUCGGGCAUAUUCGUGUCGAAGGAGCAACGUCCAGGGGGGAGCUCAUUGGCCAUGACGCGCAACUCAGAGCCUACGCUCUUGCCGCAUCUAAUGCAACCAAUUGCAACGCGGUGAUCACUCCUCAGUGUCUGAAAAGCCUGUAUAAUGUUGGUAAUUACAAAGCGGACCCCGCUAGCGGCAGCAAGGUUUCUUUCUCCAGCUACCUCGAAGAAUAUGCCCGCUAUUCAGACCUUGAGCUGUUUGAGAAGAACAUUGCCCCUUACGCUAUUGGCCAAAACUUUUCUGUUAUCACCUACAAUGGGGGUCUUAAUGACCAGAACUCGGCUUCCGACAGUGGUGAGGCCAAUCUGGAUCUGCAGUAUAUCGUUGGAUUGAGCUCCCCACUUCCUGUGACCGAGUACAGCACUGGUGGCCUAGGCUACCUCAUUCCCGAUCUUGAUGAGCCAACUCAGGCUGACAACCAGAACGAGCCGUAUCUGGCCUUCCUCCAAAACGUCCUGAAGAGGGACCAGAAGGAUCUGCCCCAGGUCCUUUCCACGUCGUAUGGCGAGGAUGAACAGAGCGUUCCUGAGAGAUACGCCCGCUCUGUCUGUAAUCUGUAUGCUCAGCUUGGCAGCCGCGGUGUGUCGGUUCUCUUCUCGUCUGGUGAUAGCGGCGUCGGGUCUUCCUGCCUGACCAAUGAUGGCAGGAAUCUAACCAGGUUCAUGCCCCAAUUCCCAGCAAGCUGCCCAUGGGUUACCUCCGUUGGUGCAACGCAACACGUUGCUCCUGAGGAAGCCACCUUCUUCUCUUCUGGCGGUUUCUCCGAUCUGUGGCCCAUGCCAGAUUAUCAGCGUGGUGCUGUCGCUGCGUAUCUGGCACAGCUUGGAGAUAAGUGGAAGGGUCUGUAUAACCCAGGUGGCCGUGGCUUCCCUGAUGUGGCUGCUCAGGGCGUAGGAUAUUCGGUCUAUGACAAGGGUGUUCUCAAGGGCUAUGAGGGCACGUCCUGCGCCUCGCCCACCUUUUCCGCAUUGAUCGCUUUAUUGAAUGAUGCACGUCUCAAGGCCCAUCUACCUCCGCUGGGCUUCUUGAACCCAUGGAUCUACAGUGCCGGUCGUGGUGGUCUCAACGACAUUGUCCAUGGUGGCAGCACUGGCUGUGACGGCCACGCUCGCUUCAACGGUGCACCCAACGGCGGCCCUGUAGUCCCAUAUGCCAGCUGGAAUGCCACCAAAGGCUGGGACCCCGUCACCGGUCUAGGCACCCCGGACUUCUCGAAACUACUGAAAAUUGCGGUUCCAAGCCGAAUCGGUGGUCGUUAA